CCCUUUUCAAACACCGACAUACUGAUAGGUCACAAACGCGAGUGUUCCCAAAUAUGGAGUAAUGCAAUUUCUCCAUAAACUUCUGGACAAGGCCCUACCAGUGGACUUGGAGGUCGACCUCAUUAUCGUCGACUUUGGAGUUAAUGACGCGGUCAUCGAAGAAUUUGAGUACAACCUGGAGUACUUGAGGAUGGCGCACGAACUACUCAUCCGCUACGUCAGAGACACAAUGUUCCACUCGCCAGCGCUCCUCUACGCGGAGAGUUUCAUCGCACCAUUCCGAAGCCUUGAAGCCCCGUGGCAAAGCGAAAACAUGGCGGAGGUGCACGCCAGCGUAACACAGAAGCACGACAUUCCCAUGGUGUCCUUUCGGGAUGCGGUUUGGCCGCACAAGGAAGAUUACGCCGCUGCAGAAGACAUCUGGGGACACUCGGUCCAUCCUGAUUGGCAAGUGCACCAGCUCAUGGCCGAUGUCGUGGCGUACUACCUUCAGCUAUCGUACGCUCGGUUCUUGGAGGUGUAUGGCCCGUCACCGAACCCCAGCCCCAGCGAGAGGGAACUCCAGCGAUUUAAGGGUGGGAUGGGCUGCCUCGCGAAUCCUCGUUCAUCCAUUCUUGAGCUAGGCAAUUACUUGGACGCCCCAACCCCGGAAGAGCUGGUGUCAGUUACAGGAUGGUCGGUGUUGAAACUCUCCGGGGAAGCUGGACUGACAGGGUUCAGGAAAGGUGCCACCGAUCCGGCGGUGGCGACGUUCGAACUUGUUUGUGACGGUGGCGCGGGGCUUCUAGACAUGGAGUACCUUGUGAGCUACGUGGGAAUGGGUUCGGUCAUGGUUGAGAUUGAGGCCGGGCCAACAGCGGAAGAUUUACAGGACGAGGGAAUUAGCAGCACGUCAACCGUGAUUGUCGAUGGGCUGUGGGAUUCACACGCCUCGGUUUCCUCUUUUGAGACCAUUCCUAUCCCUGAUGCGGGUGGAGGGGGAAAUGUUAGAGUAUCAUUUCGUAUUCUGUCGGCCGAAGAGGAACGUUCGUCCUCUUCCUCCCGCCUUUUCGACUUCAAGGGCGAUGAAGACAGAGAGAAAGAAGUGCGAGGUGACCGCAAGUUCAAGCUAAUCAGCUUGCAGUGCUGUUGAGCUGGUUGAUCGGUAUUGUGCUCAGUAACGUAAUUGUCGCGAAAACUUGUCCUGUGUGGUGUGUUUAUAGUGAUGCAACCAAAAAAAAUCACACCUUGGACGAUAAGU